UCUUUGCUAUUUUAUUUUCAAAUAAUUAUUUUAUUCUAUUUUCUUUAAUAAUUCUUUAAUAAUAAUCCUCUUCUAUUUGUUUUACCUUUUUUCCCGUUAAAAAUUAUUUGGCGCCCUCUUUCGGUAUUUAUAGGCAUAUCUCAACAUUCUUGUUCUAUCUCAGAAUUCACAUUCUUAUUCAAUCGUUCUGUGGUUCAUGACAGUGACUUCGCACUGUCAUAGCCACCUUUGCACUGUCGUCUCUCGUUUCAAAUUUUAAGCCCCCACUCACGAACUCUGUCAAUGUCAAGUCAAACCCUUUCUCUUUGUCAAAAUGAAGAAUAUUUUUUUAUUAAAUUCUAAAAUCUACUUAAGGCAAUGUCUGGCCUCAUAGCCACAUUUUCAAACAGACGUUCUUAAUUGGGUUUUCUGGACAUAUUGCAAAAACUGAUCAACCCUUCACCUCGUGGGAGACUCCCCGAAACUGGAGCCCCUAAUGUCGCCGGCGAUACAUCAAUGCAGCAGUAACUAGACUCCUAACAACCAUCCAACACCUGUAGGCCUGGUGGCCAGAACAUCCACGUCGCCAGAGCCCGUUGCAGAACAACAGCAAGACACCAAGAACCCGCAGACAGAUACCAAGUGCCAUCGAUAAGUAUAAUCUCUGAUCUGUAAAGUUUCGGCAAGGUCUUGUAAAUUAUUUUUUGAUACUUUAAUUAUGUCUUUUAUGAAAAAUAAACAUGAUUAGUUAAAUAUUAUUGUUUUAUUUGCUCCAUUCUGCAUUUUCAUUGUUCAUGUUUUUGAUUAGGACAAGGUGGACUCACAACUUGGGAGAUUGAGCUAGUCUAGGGUAGACGAUAGCUAUCAUAGUUGAUUGAAAUAUUAUUCUCGAAUAUUAUUUCAAUUAUCUGGGGUAGUUUAUCGCCUCACUUUUGGCGCCCAACUUGAAUUGUCCUACUCAAGGAUUUGAGCUGUGGAUUUGUAGUUCGGUAGCAAAUAAUAAAGCAUUAAUAAAUACUGUUUUAAUAUUAUAUUCAUGUUUUGCAGUACAUCUUAGUAUUUGCAAAUUUUUGAUACUUUUUGAGCAUUUUCUAUAUAUUUAACCAUUUUUCAAAUGUUUGGGGUAAAGAGUAUUACCAUUUUUAUAAUAUAUCUUAUAUUUCAGCAUAUUUAAUUUGCAUUUAAUACAUUGUUGCUUUUUUACAUAAUUUUUUUUCCUCAUUCUUAUAAUGGUACUUUUAUAGUGAGUUAAAUGGUCUGUUCUUUUUUUCAACUUAACCAGUUUUUGUGGAUGGUGUACUUUUAAUUCUUUCUUUGAUUUUUAUUAAUUUUUUUUUUCUCUUCAACAUGAAACCUGCACAUCUUACCACAAAUGAAUUGACAUAUGAGCUUCACAUUAGAGAUGUCUCUGCUCCUGAUGAUAUUGAAGAAAAACGUACAGUUCUUACUGGUCUUCUUUCUCAGGAGACUAGUAGCCGCAGUUUUUCAAAUAUUUCGGUCCCUUUGUCUUUUGAGGUUGAUUAUAAACAAGCUUUAGCCUCUUAUACUGAACUUCAGAUUCUCAUAUCUGAAUUUACAGGAACAAAGUCUGAUAUUCUAUAUAAAACCUUCAAUUCUCGUUUCCAACAUUUGUCUGGUAGGAUUUCUCGUUUGCGGUCAUCUUCCGCAGAGGAAGAAAAGUUGAAGAAAGCUAUCCGCUUUAAUUUGUUAAAGUUAGAAGGUACUUUGUGUAACAUUCUAGAACAACCUGAUCUUCUAGACCAACCCAUGACAUCUACUAGAGUUAAUCUUAAUUGUUCGGAAUCUUCAAUAUCACCUUCCAAGCCUGUUCCCGUGUAUAAAUGGGGUAUCAAAAAAAUUUUCUGGUAAACAACCUUUAAUCCCUUUUCUGGAACAGAUUGAAAUUUUUAAAUUUUCAAGGAACUGCACAGAUGAAGAUUUAUUCAUCUCUGCAUGUGAUUUGUUCGAAGGUGCUGCUUUUACUUGGUGGCAUAAUAAUUUCUCUCAAAAGAAAUUUCAUUCAUGGGCUGAUCUAGUUACUUCUUUAAAAGAAACUUAUUUACCUUAUAACUAUGAAAGAGAUUUAUGGGAACAAAUACGUUCCACAAAACAGUUUUCACGACAACCAGUUUCUGCAUAUAUUUCCCAUAUGGA